UUCACACGGGAGGCGUAGUGUCUGACGCUUGCAGAAAAACCGUCAGUCAAAUCAAAACUAAGCCAAUAUAUAAAAGAAACGUAAAGACAACGCUGCCGAUUCGCUUUACCAGCUUUCUGGAAAUAUGGAAUAUAAUGCGGAGAAGGGUAAGAAAUCAGAUAAAUUGGAGUCCAUGCAUGCGGACAUAGAAGAAGUGAAGGGCAUCAUGACCGAAAACAUUAACCGUCUGGUGGACCGUGGCGAGGCGCUGGACCGACUGAGGUGCAGGACAGAGGACCUGGAUGUCAGGGCAGAUGGUUUCAGACGCACAGCUCGUAAUAUGGCUUGGUCGGCCUGUCUGAGGGAUAAGAAGCUGGUGGCAGUGGCUUUGGUGAUCACCCUCCUUGUUAUCCUCAUAAUUGUCCUGCUUGCUGUGGGAGUCAUCCCAGUCAGGCCAUCCCCUAAACCUAACCCCAGCCCCAUCCCGAGCACCAGCCCAAGCCCCAGGCCCUGAUACUUGUACACACGCACACACACACAAACACAUACACACACAUAUACACACACAGAGACACACAAACACAGACACACACCAAAAUCCUGAAAGUGCCAGUCCCUGAUACGUGCACUCAUAUCCACAUACAUACGCACACACAUAUGCGCAUGGACACACACAUGCACACAUGCACGCACGC